GUUUCUGUCGUCGUUGACGUCUGGACGCGCCUCUACGCGUUUACGCGCGUGCGGAAAAAUCGCUGGACAAUGUUCGGGAACGUGGUGAAACUGGACUGGCAGAGCACCGCCGAGGGCGAAACCGUCAUGCAACACUUUUACAAUCCGCAGACGAACGGCAGACGGUUUUUCGGUGAGUUGUGGCGGGCGACCGCGCGCAAAACGCAAAACGGCGCAGCCGCUGUCCGGGUUUCGGACGCCGACAAUUUAAUAAACGGCGGAAUCGCGAACGGCGGCGUGGCGGUGUCGGGAACGCGUCUCGAAGGUUAGGUGUGCCUCGCCGUUGUUCUCGUUUCGGUACGGCCGGGUGAACGCGUCACGCGGUACGAGACAACGGCAACACGGUACCGAUACACGGCGUCCGACGGGUAUGCGGAUUCGUGCGGUUUGCGAUUGCCACGCCGUGGACACGCGCCGCGAACGGGCUCGGAGCGUAGUCGCAGCAUGCCCGGUGACAGCGGGCCGGGGAAACGGAUGGAGUUUACGCCGGGGUUUGUGCGCGAAAACCGGAAAACUCGCGAUUGGGUUUUGUUUUUUUUUUUCCAACUUAACCGAUUGGACGGAGCGUCGGCACGUAACGCGAACGUUACUAUUUUUAACGCGCGUCGCUGUCGGCGGCUUGCUCGAUGGUCGAACCACCGAUCCGAUUGCGCGGCGUUUUCGGGUGCGUCAUGCGCGUUCGGAACAUUUUCGGGAGACUGUUACGAUUGGGUUUCGGGGUGCCCUCCGCCUCCUCCUCCCCCCCCCCUUCUAAUACUCCGAAAGUCCGUGUGCGGCUUUAGGAACAAACGGAAACUAAUUAUAAUUUCGUGAUAUUUCGGGAAUGACUGGCCGGUCGCUUUUCGCGCUGGACGAAAUCGGCGCGCGCGCGCGCGUCUCUGAUCGACAAAGCGGGGCGAAUCUGCAACACCGCGUCCCGAUUUCGGACGUGUUCUGCUAUCGGUACCCGUUCGAAAUCGGGUGUUUUUUUUAAACCGAACGCUUAACCAAACAAACAAAACACGCGUUCGCGGUUGACGCGGUAAACAGGCUUAAUACAUUUUGCGAUCGCGUUCGCAGGUUUAUUGGAACGGCCCGUACUGCCGAACGUCGAGGAAGUGUCGUACAAAUUGUUUUUCGUCGGCAAGAGCGGGGCCGGCAAAUCGGCGACGAUCGCCCGGUUGGCGGGCGCGGCGCCUAACUCGGACGGCGGCGGCGGCGGCGAGUACGUGGAAACCCGGGGCAUGCGCAAGAGCAACAUCUAUUGGCCCGUCAAAGUCUGGGACCGGAUCAUACUGUUCCGGCUCCAGUGCUGGGACGCGGGCGAUCGGGACGUCAAAAAGUUCGGUUACAUGUUGCCGGUGAGUGUCUGGACCGCGAUGCGUACCGUUUGCGGCGUGCCGAGUACUCUUACUCACCGAUGCUCUACGGACUUUCUGCAGGUGUGCAAGGACGAAGCGGACGCCGUCGUGUUCGUGUUUUCGUUCGCGGAUCCGGGCGGACUGACCGACGUAUCGACCAACCUGCCCGCGUACAUGGACGACAAGAGCAAACCGGCCCCGAUCGUCAUCGGCACCAAGUAAUAAUGUCGCGACACGCUCCCCACGCGCGCGCGCGCGCGACCCCCACAGUUUUCCCCGGUCCAAACGGACGUGCAGCCGGGCGUUAUCGUUGUAUUUGGGUGUUUCAGAUACUGUCCCGGCGACUUCACCGCCAAGAUCACGGUCGACGAUAUCGACGAGUUCGAAAAAACGCAAAACAUCACCGUACUCAAGAUGAACAAACGGACCGCGGGCGCCGCAGACGACGAUCCGGGUUUGGAAAACCACCAGACCGCCUACACGUUGAACGUGAUCUGCGAACAGUUGUGGAUCAGAGACCAAAACUAUAUACUGAACCAAGAGAUCGGGUCGUCGUCCCAGACGGUAUGAACGGCGAAUUCACUGUCCGCGGUGCAAAUCCGACGCUUUUGUCGGAACAGACGGAAAAACGAUUUCGACGGUCUUCAAAGUACCAAAAAUUAUCAGUUUCGUUACUCGCGGAAACGGAAACAAUCGAUUUCCUAUCGGAAAAUUUACAAACGUGGUAUACUAGAGAGUAUGCCGCGUCUGUGGUAGAGUUUUAAACCGGUCACGAAAUCGUUACCACAUGGUUGCAAUUUUUUUCAAUUUACGCUUCACAAAAAUUAUUCACCGUUCUGGCGGAGACCACGAAAUAGCAGAACGUUCAAAGGCGCGUGAUAACAAUAAUAAUUAUUAUUAUUCUUAUAUUUUGUUGAGAUAUUUUUGGGAAAAAAACUCAAGUUACUCGAAUAAAAAUGUCUGUAUUCUAACUGUGUGAUUUUUCACAUUAAACGGUGUCUGAUGAACAGCAGACUUCAAACGACAAACCGUGUGCAGACACAAACAAUUUAUACGUUUUAAAAAAAAAAAAAUAAUAGCGCAAUGUAUUUAAUAAUAUUUCUUGUUCAUAAAAACAAUAAUAAUAGAUAAUACUAAAUGAAAUUAACAAAAUACUGAUAAUACUUAUUAUCUAAUAAAAUGUGUUCUCGAUGUUUCCAAAAAAAAAAAAAAAUUGUAUUAAAUAUUAGGUAAUUUUAUAGCUACACAAAAUGUGUUUAAUGUUUAAAUAUAAUAUUAUUAGAUAAAUAAAUAAAUAUAAGAAAAUAUAAAAAUAACGUAAUAAUUUAUAACAGUGAGUUAUUAUAAGUUUUAUGAGUAUUAUUACAGGAUGCUAGUCUCAUCAUCACUCAUGCAAGGCACUAAAAAACACAUGAGCUGUAAAUGCAUUCGAGCCUUAAAUUGCUCAAAACAUUUUGUAAUGUAUCUGUGAAAAUAAAAGGAUAAAAAUACAUAAUUUUGUUAUGAGCAUAAUUUCUUCCAUUCCUUUCU